GGGCGAGCACGUCUCAGGAUACGAGCCAAUCAAAUGCCGCGCUUGUUCUACUUCCAUGAAACAAACAAAACCAGCAGCACACCGCUUCACCGCGGGAGACAGAACGGCACUAGAACAGCAUCGAGCCGCACCGAGAGUCCGCAUACAUACCGCGCACCAGCCUCUGUGUAGUGCCCUAAUGGCAACGGAGGACAAAGGAAAAACGGCGGCGCCUCAGGCUUUACCGGAAACGAGAUCCCUUUCAGCAACACACAACAAUCUGAACAAUAACAACAACAACAAUAAUAACAACAAAGACAACGAGGGAGGCGAAGGAGCCACAACAGCCACAUCCACUACUGUUGAGCCCGGGGGCGCUGAAAAUAUCAUAGGGAACGGUUCAACGGUUAAUACAACCGGAGGCAAUAACGGCAAAUGGGUCCGUCUCAACGUCGGGGGGACGGUGUUUCUAACGACACGACAGACGCUGCUAAAGGAACAAACUUCAUUUCUGUACCGACUGUGUCAGCAGCAGGACUUACAUUCUGACACGGAUGAAAGUGGUGCUUAUGUGAUUGACCGAGACCCCACCUAUUUUGGUCCCAUACUCAACUAUCUGCGACACGGGAAGCUGGUUUAUAACAAGGAGUUGGCAGAAGAAGGUGUCUUGGAGGAGGCAGAAUUCUACAACAUCACACCGCUGAUUAAAUUAAUCAAAGAGAGGAUUCUUGAGCGAGACUCCAAGGCCACACAGCAGGUGCCACCAAAGCAUGUGUAUCGGGUGUUGCAGUGUCAGGAAGAGGAACUGACCCAGAUGGUGUCCACCAUGUCGGACGGCUGGAAGUUUGAGCAGAUGGUGAACAUUGGCUCAUCUUACAGCUAUGGAACAGAGGACCAGGCUGAAUUUCUCUGUGUGGUGUCGAAAGAGCUGCAUACCUCAGGUGGAGGUUUGGGGACAGAGCAGAGCCACAAGACUAAGACCUCGGACACACAGGUGGAGGAUGGAGCGAGGGAGGAAGAGGAGGAUGAGGAGGAGGAAGAGGGAGAGAGAAAUGCCACCCCCAAUGAGUGGAUUAGAGAUUAGCAGAAACAUGUGUCAAAGGAAUUGGUGAGGAAAUGCCGACUGUGAUGUUGGUUGUAUUAGUGGUAGAUGUCUUUAAUCUAGCAGUCGGACAGUUUCGGUAAAUUGCAUUUCAGUGCAUCAAAUUAAACUAUCUCUUAUGAACAACAGUAAAUCUAUAUGGAAUUGUUUGACUGUUAAAAUAGUCCUCUCAUGUAAGGUGGUAGUUUUACUUCUCUUUUAUGAACAGUGCAUUGAAAUGCAAUAGCCUUCACCUCGUAGAAACUUCCAAGCAUGAUUUUCUUUUAAGUAACUCUAUUAAAAACAAUUCAUAAGUGUGAGGACAAUCUAUUGUACAACUUGGAUAAAUAUAGCUUUAAAAAAAAAAGGGAUUUUUAACACAGGUCGUUCCAUGACUCCUCAAUAUUUAGCACAGCGUCUGUUCCAUGGACUGCCAUUGUAAAUCACUGCCAUCUCCACCCAUAUCCACAUCUUCAGCAAAACUGAUCUUUGUGUUAUAUGGAAUAUACAAGGUGGCAUAUUUGACAAUCUACACUACCCAUAUUAGAAAUGAUUAUUAAUUAUAUAUUUCAGUAGACAUACACUGCUAUUUAAAAGUUUGGGGUCUGUAAUAUUUUUGACAUCAUCUAUGCUCACCCAAGGGUGCAUUUAUUUGAUCAAAAAUACAGAUAAAGAUGUCGAGUAACACUGUUCUGUCAGGGGAUGUUACAGAGUCCUUAAAGGGACACAGACUGUGUGUAUUUCUUCUUAUUGCAAAGGUCCCUUUAGGGGCUCUGUAGGAUGUAAAAAAAAAUGCAUAGCUAAAGUUGAUUUUUAAUGAUAUGCCUGACUGUUUUACACAUUAUAAAACAGAUUGUUUUGGGAUUCUAAAAAAUGCUGCUGGUUUUUCGAAUGAUCUUUUAUUGAACAAUAUGGCAGUGUGUUUUGUCCUCGGGGCAAUGCAGGUAAAUGCAUUUAUUUAGAAUCUUAAUCAUCAAACCAACAUUUAACACGGUAAGUGUUGCUAAUACAUGCAGUAAAUAACUGGAUAUGGUGCAGUAAAGUUAUCCAAUCACAGCAGUAGGCUUUUACUUCCGUUUCUGCUAAGUGUUUUUCACAGAGAGUGAACAUUUGUACAAAUAUUAGAUCUUUUUGGUACAAAAAACUUUGCAAAAUUUAUGAUCUAACCUUGAAACAAUACAAACUGCAUUUUAUGACCCCUUUACUACAUUUCACCCCUUUACUACAUUUCUUAUUAUUAAUUCUGAAAAACAGUAGUCUUGCUAUAUAUUUUUGUUGAUACUGUGAUACUUUUAAUCAAUUCCAAUAAGAUUCAGAAGAACAGCAUUUAUUUAAAAUCUAUUGUAACAACAUUAUAAAGGUCUUUGUCACAUUUGCUCAAUUUAAUGCAAUUUUUGAAUAUAAUAUAAUUAAUUUUUUUUUUUUUUUUUUUAAUCUUACUGACCACAAACACUUGAACGGUAGUGUGUUUCUGUGUCUAUAAGAUCUUUUCCAACUCUCUUGCAGCUGUUCCAGAUCCAUGGAUCCCGGCUGUAGGAUGCAAAGAAAUUUAUUUUUCUAGAUAUCCAUUUUAUCAUGUGCUCAUGAUGCUGUUUUUAUAGCCAUACUUUUUGAAUAACGGGUAUUACCGGGAGACAAGAACUUCACAUCCAGCAGCAAAAAAACAAAAAAAAUGUUUUAAAUUGAAAUGUUCCUGAAAGAAAAAAAGUACUUAAGGUAUUAAAAAAGACACUGUUACUUACAGUUACUAUCUUAGUACAUGGCCUGUUACCAAAGAGCGCAACCUAGUUAUGGGAUACUUCACAAAAUAUAAAGCAUUUAACAAAAACUAAAGAACUUUAGUCUGGUUUAGUCAGGAAAUACAUUGUCAUCAAGGAUGGAAAGACUGUGUGGAUUUGAGACUGUAAUCAGUUAUUUAGAGUUUAGGUUUUGCACUUUUGUUAUAGCAGAAGAAGGGCGGCUCUGCUACAUGAACAGGUCAAGUUCUGUUCCAUUUAGCAUCAGCUGUGGGUAAAGUGCCAUCAGUGUCACCCUGGCAGACCACCAGCUGUACACUUUAGCCCCAUUUACAGUCUGCGGCGGUUCAUUUUGAUAGUCGCUGGCGCCAGCUGGAAGGUCAGAGUGUCGUUAGAGGUCAUGAUAUUACAGGGCUCGGGAUGUUGUGCUUCUGCUUGUGUUUGUUAGGGAUUUUUAAAAGGUCCUGUGCAGAGUUUACUUAAAAUGAAGUUCAGAUAAUGUGCUGGAUUAUGAUAUUGUGUCACUUGUUAAUGUGUUUUGUGUGAAGGCUAGAUUGCUUUCAAAGGAACAAAGCCUGGCAAUCAAUAUCGCUCAAAUCGACAUGCCUCAAUUCAACAAAUGAUCAAGCACUUUUGCUCCCUUUAGUCUACAGCCGUGCAUACUAGCAUUCUUUGGGUUUUUUAUGUGCUGUGGGCUGGUUUGCAUGCAUAAGCUUGUAUUAUUAAAUAUGCUAUAGUUUUGCACAAAUUUGCAAAGAUACAGUGGCCCCAAAACAUCAUUGAACACUUAAGCCGCAUUUAAACAUAUAUGAAUGUAAUUGCAUUAAAUAACAGAAUAGCAAACCAAGUGGCUGAUAGCCAAAGCCACUUUGUAAGAAGGAAGUUUAUUAGCUUUUUGUAGUUACUCUGAUGGCAAACUGGUUUCAUUGAUCAUGUAUAUGCUAAAAAAAUUUCCUUGGGACCAGUCGAUUAAAAAUAAUUGAAAGAAAUGCUUAGUUCUGAGAAAAGAUCAUGCUUCAUUUGUUUGCAGAUGCCACUUGGUCUGAUAUUUCCUAUUUAAUGCAGUAAAAUUCAUUUUUAAAUGCGUUUUAAAUGUCACUUAAGUGUUUAGAAACUAUUUGGAUGGGUAAAAUAAUUUGUUGUCAUGUUUGAUGACAGCAUUAUCAGUCAAGACUGAUUUAAAAUUGUCUUUUUGUAAACAUUAUAUUUUAAUCUGUUUGCAAUCGCAACAAGACCUGUUACGAUUAUAAUUGCAUUUCUACAGAGGAAAAGGGUGUUUGCAAACACAAUUUUGUAGCUCAGUGUGUUACUGGGUCAAUCGAUUCUUACUCUGUCCCCGUUAGCUGCCACUAUGUUCUAGAACUGUGAGGAUAAUAAUUGUGUCUAGACAGAGAACAGUGAACUAUCUGAAACCGAGAUACCAGACUCCAACUGUUUAGAUGCAACUGAUGUAGAAGCAGCAAAAGUUUUGAUACAAAAGACAUCUUAUUAGCCUGUCAGUGCUGUAGUCAUUUCUUUAAAGUUUGUACUGGUGUGUUGAAACAAUCUUAUCACUGCAUUGAAUUUUAGAAGUAUGUUUUAAUUUGAAAGUUGAUCUUGUAAGUGUUGACAGCAUUAUUUUAUAUGGCCUUUUUUUAUAAUCAUACUGUGUCAUCAUUUGUAUUUAAUUUAGUCUUAUAAAUGUCAGAUUAUGUUGCUUGUCAGGGCACAGGUGAUGUUUUGGUUUAUAUUGAAUUUUAUUUUGUACACAUGUAAUGCUGAUUUAAUUUUUUACGCUUUUGUUUCAUGUAUGUUAUGUUACAGUGUCAUCAAAAUUAAGUAAUAGUUUGCCCUCUUACUUUCAUGUUCGACUAUUUUUAUAUUUAUAGGCAGUUUGUAUGCCAUACUUCCACUCUUGAGCUCUCACAUUUCACUUAUUUAUUAAAUCUGGGAUGUUUAUUGGCUUAUUUGAUUCUUCUUGGUUUAAAAGUUAAUAGAAUUGUAUUUAUUUUGUGUUUUCUUUAUAUGUGUACUUUAGAUGUGAUGUACUUUAAUUCAUACACACUGUAUAUUUCAUGACUUUUGAUUAGCAUUGAAAGCACAUUAGCUUGUCGAGACAAACCCCUCAAAUUAAGAAAACAUUUAGUAAUAAAAACUUAAAAUUGCAACCGGGCACAGACCCUUAGUAGUGUAUGUAUGCCAAAGAAAAUUAGAUUAAUGUUUCUCCUCAGCCAAGAGAAUAUCUUUUAGCACAGAAAACAUUCGUGAAUUAGAUGUCCAAGCAGCAUUAUUGUGUAAAAAGUUGUCAGAAUAAUUCGAAUAAAAUUCAGAGGAAUUUUUCUUUCACAAAAA